UCCCACAAGAACCUGGGGACCCCCUGCCCACGACGCUGCACCUGACGCCCCUGCGCCGCCAUGGCGGCCAUCCGUCCAGAAUACGACUACUUGUUCAAACUCCUCCUGAUCGGGGACUCCGGGGUUGGGAAAUCCUGCCUCCUGCUGCGCUUCGCUGAUGACAACUACACAGACAGCUACAUCAGCACCAUCGGGGUGGACUUCAAAAUCCGGACCAUUGAGCUGGAGGGAAAGACGAUCAAACUCCAGAUCUGGGACACAGCUGGCCAGGAGCGGUUCCGGACGAUCACCUCCAGCUACUACAGAGGUGCCCACGGGAUCAUCAUUGUGUACGAUGUAACAGACCAAGACUCGUUCAGCAACAUGCACCUGUGGCUGGAGGAGAUCGGCCGCUAUGCCAGCGAGAACGUCAACAAGCUGAUUGUGGGCAACAAGAACGACCUGACCUGCAAGAAAGUGGUGGAUUACACCACGGCCAAGGAAUACGCUGACUCGCUAGAGGUGCCGUUCCUGGAGACCAGUGCCAAGACGGCCGCCAACGUGGAGCAGGCCUUCAUCACCAUGGCGGCUGAGAUCAAGAACCGGGUGGGCAGCGGCCCCACCCCCAAUGACAGCCACCAGCCCAGCCCCCACAUCCAGAGCGCCCCCCUGCGGCAGAGCCGGGCGGGCGCAGAAGGCGGCGACGCGGGCGCAGGCUGCUGUUAAGCCAUUCCCGGCACCGCUGCAUGGCCGUUCCGCCAGCCCUGCUUCGCGCCCGUCGGGGCUUCCAUCGGGGACAAGCUGCGCCACACCAGCCAGGGCCUCGCCAAGUGAGGACGGAUUCCCUGUGGGCCGGAGGACGCGGGGCCCCUUCCUGCGUGGAGGUGGAAGUGGCUACUUGUUCAGGCUGAAUCCACCCAGCCCGAGGCGCGAAGACAAAAGCAGAAAUCCGGGCUGCGCCGUCGUCUGCACCCCUCUUAACGCAGCCCCGGGGGAGCCGAGCGCCGAGUUACUGGUGUCGGGCAUCUGGACUUGGUUUCUGCCGGGGGGGGGGGUGAAAUGGAAUCGGGGGGGGGGGGUUA